AUGUCUGUCACCAGCGGCACGUCCAGCAGGCCUCUGAUCCGCAAGCCGGCCCCCCAUGAGGCCGUCUUCUGUAGCGUCUGCAGCCGGAGAUUCCCCAGCUUCGAGGAGCUGAUGGGACACAAGCGCAUGGCGAUGCUGACCGAAGGAACCCACAUCCACUGCGCCAUGUGCACCCGCGACUUCAACAGCCAGGACGCCUUGAACAAGCAUCUUCUGGAGGCACACCCUCAGGAGCAGAGCCUCACCUGCCCCGGCUGUCAGAAGAAGUUUGUCCGGUUGGCUGGGUGGAUGAGACACCUCGAGCAUGACGACUGCCCGGGAAUUCGCCGCGCAGACGUCGACCAGAACCGCGCAAAGAAGCUCACCUUUUCCCAUGAGCUCGAGAAGCGCAGCGGCUCCCAGUUCGGAGACUACUUCCCCGUGUCCCACCCCAGCGUCCAGUCCGCCUUCGAGGCGCAGUCCAACCUCGAUGCCGUAUCCACUGUGGACGCGCAGUCCGAGUUCGACGACAAGGCCUACAUGGCCCAUCCGUCCUUCUUCAAGCCCCAGGACUUUCCCAAUCUGAAGGAUGUCGCUGAGAGCCUGGAGAGCAUCCAGCAGUCGGACGAUGGCAAGAAGACAGUCGUGGACGACGUGAAUAAUCCGUCUCACCGGCUCUUCGAUCCUAGAAAGUACUACAACACCCUCACGCGCAAGUACAAGUGUCCGCAGCCGUCCUGCAAGAAGACAUUCCCCAACAGCGGCGCUCUCAUCACCCACAUGAAGUCAGCGGCCUCGCACUACAAUGCCAAGCUGCAGUGCCCCGGCUGUCUGCGCUACUUCAGGGAUGCGUCGUCCUUGACCGCCCACUCCGAGUCGGAGUCGACCCGAUGCAGCAUCCGCAAGUCCGAAAACUACCGCUCCUACCUUGACCAGCUCACCGGAGGCAUGGCGGACCUCGGCGCCAAGCACAAGGACGGUACUGUUAAGUAUGAGGUCAGCACGGAGGCCGUCGUCAAGUUCGCUCCGUCUCGGAUGGCCAGAACGGCCACGGAGGAUUACAUGGCACAGCAGGAGGCCGAUCGUCAGGAGGACUGGGCUCGCAACAAUAUUGUCUGUCUAGCGGGCAAGAAGCUCGUCCACGAGGUGUCGUCGCAAAACCACGCGCUCGUCGCGUCCCACCUAAAUGUUCCGUCGUCAAACUUCCCGGCGCUCAACUUCACGGCACGUACAACAGCACCAGAAACAAUGGCGGAAGCGGAAUUGAAGGAGUUCUUCACCUCGGGAGACAAGGCUCUUGAGCCUGAAGUUCUCACCGAACUGCAGUCCCUAUUGCGCCUGCACGACCUGUCCGCCGAGGACCUCUUUUACAAAUGGGAGUCCUUCUGCAUCAAGAUGGACAUGGACGCCAUGAACCCCGACAUUGUGCACGUGCGAAACUUCAAAAAGGAUAUCCAGGACGCACUGGAGAAGAGCAACCGACAGCAGACGCACAUUAAGACGGAGAAGCGCAGUCACGGCACCCCGCGAGCCGGAAGAGGCGGCGGCGACGUCUUUGGCAUGCUGGAUGGACUGGUGCCCAGUACGCCGGCUUCAGGGAGGCUGAACAAGCCGAGCAGUCUGCGGAAGAAGACGCAUGAGACGCCGACAAUGUCGCGGGUCAAGGCCGAGAUCCCCUCGAGCUCGCCAGACUACAAGGGCGCCUCCAAGAUGGAGGAGCAGCUCAACGCAAUGUCACUCUCGUUCAACGACCGACAGAACGCCGGCGAGACGGUGGAAGUGCUUAACGACCACCUCGACGCUCCCGAGCCGCCAAUUUGCCCGUACCCCGAACCCCGCAUCAAGUUGACGGCGGCGUCAGACCAGAAGAAGCUGGCGUACAAGCCCCUGGCGAUGAAGUUGUCAGAGGCGUCGGAGAUCCUCGAUGACAGGAUAGACGAGUUUAUGCACAUCAUCCAGGACUACCACAAGCUGGACUUUUCAGAAUUCGGCAACGCGGCGAGCCAGAGCACGACAGAGGUGAUUGCCGUGGGACGCAUCGCCUCGGAUGCGCCAGAGGGAAAGCUGAACGCGGCGUCACUGGUGCUAGAGAUGUCGAGACGGGUGGGCGGUGGUCUGCGAGCGCCCCUUAACAUGCGCAACAAGGGGUACAGCUUCUUCCCCGGCCAGAUUGUGGCCCUCAGGGGCAUCAACACCUCGGGCAACGAGUUUGUCGUCGAGGAUGUGCUUGAAGUGCCUCUUCUGCCCAACGCGGCUUCGACGCCGGCCGCACUGGCUGCGCACCGCGAGAAACUACGAGGCGACCCCGACGCCAUGGACACCGACUCAGACCCGGCGCCCCUCAACAUUCUCUACGCCUCCGGCCCGUACACGGCAGAUGACAACCUCGACUUUGAGCCGCUGCACGCCCUCUGCGACCAAGCCGCCGACACGUACGCGGACGCACUGGUGCUGACGGGGCCGUUCAUCGACAGCGAGCACCCUCUAAUUGCGAUAGGCGACUUUGACCUCCCCGAGGAAGCCGUCAUCGAGCCGGACACGGCCACCAUGUCGACCGUCUUCAAGUACAUGUUCUCCCCGGCCCUGAACCGCCUCGUGUCCGCCAACCCCAGCAUCACCAUCCUCCUCGUCCCCUCGGUGCGCGACGUCAUCGACAAGCACGUCUCGUGGCCGCAGGACUCGGUCCUGAAGAAGGAGCUCGGCCUCCCCAAGACGGCGAGGAUCGUCACCAACCCGAUGACGCUGUCCGUCAACGAGAUGGUCAUGGGCAUCUCGUCGCAGGAUAUUCUCUGGCAGCUGCGGCACGAGGAGCUCGUUGGCGGCCGCCCCGCGGAUCCGUCGCUGUUGUCGAGGCUUAGCAGGUACCUGUUGGAGCAGAGGCACUUUUUCCCGCUCUUCCCGCCGACGGACCGCCAGAAGCUGCCCAAGACGGGGACCGAGGAGGGCAUCCCGCCUGGUGCCAUGCUGGAUCUUAGUUAUUUGAAGCUGGGCGAGAUGGUCAACGUUCGCCCUGAUGUGCUCGUGGCGCCCAGCUUCCUGCCCCCGUUUGCCAAGGUCGUCGAGAGCGUCGUCGUGAUCAACCCGGGCUACCUAUCAAAGAGACGCGGCGCCGGCACGUACGCCCGCCUGACGCUGUUCCCUCCCAAGGCCGACGCGGGCCAGUCCGCGGCCGUGGUAAGCCACGGCGUGUUUGAGCGCGCGAGGGUGGAGAUUAAAAAGAUUUGA